AAAGAUGCAGGGCAACAAGGGUUUUGCGAUGGAGAAGCAGAAUCACACUCCGCGAAAGCAACAUCAGCACCACCAGCAGCAACAACAGCAGCAGCAGCAGCAACAGCAGCAGUCUGGCCCAGCUAAUGGGCAGCAGGCCAACAGCCAAAAGCGAUUCUGUACCUUAUUCCCCUCAGAUGAAGGCCUGACAAUUGAUUUGAAGAAUUUCCGAAAGCCUGGUGAAAAAACCUUCACUCAGAGGAGUCGCCUCUUUGUGGGCAACCUGCCUCCUGAUAUCACAGAGGAAGAGAUGAGGAAGCUGUUUGAAAAAUAUGGGAAGGCAGGCGAAGUAUUCAUUCAUAAGGACAAAGGCUUUGGCUUUAUAAGGCUGGAAACUCGAACUCUGGCUGAGAUAGCCAAGGUGGAGUUGGACAACAUGCCUCUACGUGGGAAGCAGCUGCGUGUGCGCUUUGCAUGCCAUAGUGCCUCACUGACUGUCAAGAACCUGCCUCAGUUUGUGUCUAACGAGCUCCUGGAAGAGGCUUUUUUGAUGUUCGGACAGGUGGAGAGGGCUGUCGUGAUUGUGGAUGACAGAGGCAGGCCUUCUGGGAAAGGCAUUGUGGAAUUUUCAGGGAAACCAGCUGCUAGAAAAGCCCUAGACAGAUGUAGUGAAGGGUCCUUCUUGCUAACUACGUUCCCUCGGCCUGUUACUGUGGAACCCAUGGACCAGUAUGAUGAUGAGGAAGGUUUGCCAGAAAAACUGGUCAUCAAAAAUCAACAAUAUCACAAGGAGCGUGAGCAGCCUCCUCGGUUUGCACAGCCUGGCUCCUUUGAAUACGAGUAUGCCAUGCGUUGGAAGGCCCUAAUUGAGAUGGAGAAGCAGCAGCAAGAUCAAGUGGACCGAAACAUCAAAGAAGCACGGGAGAAACUGGAGAUGGAGAUGGAGGCAGCUCGUCAUGAGCACCAGGUCAUGCUCAUGAGGCAAGACUUAAUGAGGCGCCAAGAAGAAUUGAGGAGAAUGGAGGAGCUGCACAAUCAGGAGGUGCAGAAGCGUAAACAGCUGGAACUUAGGCAGGAGGAGGAGCGCAGACGCCGUGAAGAAGACAUGAGGCGGCAGCAGGAGGAAAUGAUGAGGCGACAGCAGGAAGGAUUCAAGGGUGGAUUCUCUGAUGCGAGGGAGCCUCCAGAUAUGCGAAUGGGACAGAUGGGCAUGGGAGGUGCUAUAGGCAUGAAUAACAGGGGGACAAUGGGGGGCACCAGCGUUCCAGCAGGACCGCCUCCAGCAACUGGUCCUGGUCCAAUGAUUCCUGAUGGAGCCAUGGGAAUGACUCCGCCGCCACCUACGGAUCGCUUUGGCCAGGGCACUGCAAUGGAAGGACUUGGAACUAUGGGAGGAAAUGCACCAGGAUUCAACAGAGGAGCUCCUGGGGGAGAUUUUGGCCCAAACAAGCGUCGCCGAUACUAAUUGGGGUGGGGGGAGUGUUGACAAUGCCUCAGCCACCUCCCCAGAGGGGCUGGCCUUGGCAAAGGGGUACAUCCAGACUUUGUAAAGGGUUUAGUAAACGCCACAAGGUGCAUUCCUACAAACCACAAUGUGAAAAUGGAUCCCAGGAGGCUUCAGUAGCUGUGUAGUGUCAGACCAGGCUAGGACCUUGCUGUCUUUCUCAUUCCCAAGCACCUCGGCACAGGUUCAGCCCUCCCACCUCAGCUGCAGUUGCAGGAUUUCCUGUUUAACCUCAGCCUUCUGAAGGCAUGUCUUCAGAGUGCCGGGGCAGAGCCUGUAGGUAUUAUGUACACGUGGGUAGCUUCAAAUGGCUUAUCAUGUGGGGGGGGGGGAUUUUUAAGGAAAAAAUGUGUAGCUUUUUACUUUAUUUUCUGGACCAUUCUUCUUUACUGUAGCUGGUUGGUGCAGGCAGGAGGGGCAGGUAGUGGUGGUGGUUUGCAGAUGAAUUAUUCAAUGUGUUGUACCAUUCUUUAUUUUUUACUGGUAGAAAAGUACAAUCUAUUGGACAAGAGAAUCCUACAAUUUCCUGUUAAAGAUUCAGUUGAAACAAUUUGUGUAACCCUAACCUUGCCUGUCUUGUGUAGAAGUAUGAGACUUUGUGUGAACCUGAGCUGUAAUUGUCCACUAACAGGUUGAGUUUGUCUGAAGACUGUUUCAGGAAUGCACAUUAAAAGGGAUUUUAAGCCUU